AUGUUCAGACAAAAGUCAACUCCAGUCCCUCCAGCACCGAAGGUCGCAAAACCUGAAACCGCGAUCGAUGAGGAGAAAUUUUAUCGAACUGUGAUAACACCAAGUGUAAGCUACUUUAUCUUUGUUAUUUUCUGGCUUUAGGAAUUCAUAAUGAUGGAGCGUGGUGUUCGACGAAGAAUUAUUGUUGAUGGGUGUAAUUUCAUGGGCGAUUCUGGGAACAAGGCCAAGGACAUUAACUAUAACACCGAGUAGGAGGUUUUAAAAGCUUUUUUUGGGAGAGCCCUUUUUUUCGACGGAAGUAUUCGAUUUUUUAUAUUAUCCAUGGCCAAUUUUGGAUUUUUUGGAAAAAGCUGUUGGCCGAAGCUUUAUGUUGGAGUAUUUAACUUCAAAUGGCUAAUGUAUUGUAUUUCCAGCAAAUUCAACCCUACUUCGAUUCUAAUUCUCGUCUACGACCUUCUCCAUUACGGAUUUGAUGUGCAUGUCUAUAUUAAAGAAUAUUUCAAGAAUAACUACAACGACAUGGAUAAAACAACCGUCAAUAUUGACAUUCUAAAUGUAGGUGUGUUUGCAUUGAAUUUUGAGCCUUUAGGUCCUCAGUGAACUGAAGAUUGUGACGGUUUUACCCGAUGGCGAGGACGAUGAUAUGCAGAUUCUUCAAGACGCCGAGAAAACUGGAGGUGUGAUCCUGUCGAAGGAUAAGUUCAGACAGGACGUUUAUCGGAAAUAUCCGUCACGUCUGCGAAGAGUUGGGUUCACUGUAAAGUCAACGGGAGGGCCUGCGGACAGAGGAUCUUAUGAAGCGAGACUUCACAAUUGCAUCAAAAUUGUGUUCGAUCAGGAGUUUAGAUGUGAGUAGAAGACGAAGGGGCUAUUUUGGUACUUCAAUCAAUAGAAUUACAUAGAAAAUUUUUAAUAAUUUUUGAAAAAAAAAAUUUUUUUUGAAUGUUUGUUAUCUAAAAUAAGGUCGUCUUUCCAAAAAACGGACCUCAGAUUUUGAUGAAAUUACUCAUAGCUUGGCACAAGUUAAGACAAAAGUUUGUAAGGCAAAUCCGAGGGUUUAGCUUUAACUUUGCCACAACCACCAAGAUUUUUAGGUAGAAAAUUGCUGAAAAUUCAAAAAAAAAAAUGCGGUUUUCGAAGUGAUUUCUUACUAGUCUGUUUGCAAAGUCUCUAAAAUUCAAUUUUCAGUUUUAUUUAUUUAUUUUUUUUUGAUUUUUUUCAUGAUCAAUUUUCAGGGCUUUCCUAUGUCCUCCCAGGCGAACCUGACUAUGAUUUGGUCAAAAAAACGCACGAUUCCAUUGACAUAGACGCCCGGCUCGAAGCCUUGGAGAAGCUGAGUGUGCUGGCGGAUUGGUAUUUCCUGGAAGAAGCGACCUGCAGCGGCAACUACGGACCCUUCGACUUCAUCGAAUACUUUGACGGGCGAGAGUUGGACCACAAAUUUGAAAAAUUUUGGCGGAAGUAUCUGAUGUGGAGGAAAAGAGAGUAAGUCGGAAAUUUUUAUAGGACUUUGAAGAACCUUGGAAGAAAUUAAAGUUGGGAUUUUCUGAGGCAGAUUCGAGAUUUUCAGCUCGCGCUUUGCAGAAAUCUCCGAGACUUUUUUAUCAGUCUGUCGGGAAAAUAAUGAACACUCUGUCGCAGCGAAAAUCGCAUCGCCGCAAAGUUGAAUUGCUCUUCGACUCAGCGCUCAUUAUUUUCCCGACAGAAUGAAAAAAAAAAUUUGUCGAUAGAAAUUUGUAAUUUUGAUUGAAGCGCUGAAUAAAUCCACAAAAAAUCUCUUUUUCGAUGGCAAAGGAAAAAUGGCAUGGCCAAAAAAAUACGUUUUUUGGACUUAUUUGUCCUGUUUUCUGUAAUUUAAAGCCGACAAAAAUUGUUUCUGUUAAUUGUGCCCGCUAGCUAUUGGCCUGUCGGGAAAAUAAUGAGUUUUUUUUAUAAAACCAUUUUUUAGAGAACUUCGCCGCGGACUUUAA